UUCCAGGGCAGUAACAAAGUCAGGUGUUAAAAUCGAGGAGAUGUCCAUGGAAUUUAAAAGUAUACUCCUGUUAUUUUGCAGCUUGUCGACCUGGCUUCUACAAAGCUUCUGCUGGCAACGUGAAGUGUGCCAAAUGCCCACCUCACAGCUCUACCUACGAAGAUGCAUCUCUGAACUGCAGGUGUGAAAAGAAUUACUUUCGCUCUGAGAAAGACCCUCCAUCCAUGGCUUGCACCAGACCACCAUCUGCUCCAAGAAAUGUUAUCUCUAACAUCAAUGAGACAUCUGUUAUCCUGGACUGGAGCUGGCCUCUUGACACUGGAGGUCGGAAAGAUGUCACUUUCAACAUAAUUUGUAAAAAAUGUGGAGGAAACAUCAAGAUGUGUGAGCCCUGUAGCGACAACGUGCGAUUCUUACCCCGUCAGACUGGACUCACCAACACCACAGUGACAGUAGUGGACCUUUUGGCACAUACCAAUUACACUUUUGAGAUUGAUGCAGUCAAUGGGGUAUCUGACUUGAGUACACUUUCCAGACAAUUUGCUGCUGUCAGCAUCACAACUAAUCAGGCUGGUGAGUCUCUUUCUGAUUACCCUUCCUUUGCUCAAAACUACUGAGAUGUAUGUACCUUUGUUUCCUUUCCCUAUUUUACAAGAGUUACUCUGACCACUCAUGUGCUAGGGUAACUAAUUGACUUGAAUAUACUAGUUAAAGUAAAAGCAGAAGCAAACUCAGUGUGUGUUGCUGUCAAAGGACCUGGCAGCAUGACUGUUAUGAUUAACUCCCAGUCCCCAGUUAAUAGUCUCUAAUAGCAGACUUGUAUGAUUCCUUAGCCAGAAUGUGUU